AUGAUUUGUUUGGAUCAGGAGCAAUUAGCAAGGGAAAAGGCAGUGAGCGGUCGCAUACAGCUGCAGGUGGGAUACAAUGAUGAGAAGAGCGAGGUGGUGAUGUCGGUCCUCGCAGCUGACGACCUGGCCUUUCGUGACGACUCGGGUGGGUUCGGCAAUCAACCCGAAGCCUAUGUCCAGUUUCGGCUGCUACCUUUCAUGGAGGGCCAGAAUACGGUGAAAACCGAAGUGGCUGAGCCGACACAAAACCCCAUCUGGAAUACAACGGUGGAAGUGGGUAUGGUCAGUGGAGAACAGCUGAUGGAGAAAACUGUCGAGGUCACCCUGUGGGACUACAGGCCUGACAAGGAACAGGUGUUCUUGGGUGAGUGUACAGUGGAUAUCCAGAAGGCACUUUUGGACGACCGACCGGUCUGGUACCGUCUGGAGGACCCACGGCAGCUGCGGGGGUCUUCCUCCACGCGCACCUCUCCAAGGACGUCGCUGGUCAACGAACUCACGCAGCGUCUCAAGAAAGAGAAUCGAUCUUUAUCAGAAGAGACACAGAGCGACCUGGAAAUGGAGAGCGGUUCGUUUCUGCAUCCAGACCACGCCUACGUGGCUGGCUCACGUCGCGGCUCCAGCCAAUCAGAGCAGCUUGACGUCACCGAGCCCUAUCAGCUCAGCAAGGACUUCUCAAGGUCACUGCCCGGCUCGCGUCGCAGCUCCUUCCAGUCGGCCCAGAAUGCCGAGAAAGAAGCUGAUGUGCCCCCUCCCACCUACAACAAGGAGCGGAGACGCAGUUCAUGCACACAGCGCAUGCGCGACCCAGAUGAGAUUCUGCGCAGUCUGAAGGCGGUGAAAGGAGAACUACUUGGCCGGAGUCUCACCAUCAGUGAGAGACGCGGUUCAAGGA